CGUCUCACAAACAAGCCAAGCUCGCCUCGCAAGACGCUGCCCCAGCCCGCCGCACUGCCCGCGCGCAGCACCACACCACCAAUACAACCGCGCAGCGCACGCGCGCCCGCAGCGCCGCGCCCGCGUGCGCCCGCAGCGCCGCCCGAACCUGAAGGCCGAAACUCCGCGCGAACCAGCCGCCCGCGCGCCAAGAACGCGACGCGAUGGGCGAGGAGCAACCACCACCGCAAGCGACGACGCCGCAAACCAUCGAGACGGGCGACGUCGUCUGGUGCCGCGUCGCCGGGCGGCCAUGGUGGCCCUGCGUCGCCUUCGCGUCCUGGGACGACGUGGAGCAGUGGGAGCUGCCUGUGUCUUCUGAAGACCGGCCUAGUCUCGCCGCUGGAGACUUCGUGGCCUGUUUCCUCAAGCACUAUGAGCUCGCCGUCUUCUCGGCGGACGACGCGCGGCCCUGGGAGGACGUGCCUUCGCUAGGUGCGUGUGAUGAAGCCGUCCAGAAGCAGUUACUAGCUGCUAUUGGCGAGGCUCGGGCGCUGAACGCGCGGCGAUUACACUCUCAUAGACCGCAUUCCAGUGAUAAAGCGCCGCUACGGCUGCCGCGCAGCGGCGCCACGACGGAGACCUGGGACGCCUGCUUGUUUGCGGUGCGAGAUUUAGAACGACCAAAAGACGUCCGCGCGACUUUAGCAAGGGCUUUACGGUUGGCUCUCGAGGCGAAAGCACCCGUGGAAGUAGUAGACGGCCUGCGCCAGUGCGUAGGUGCCGAGGAUCACAAUAUUGCUCGAUUAAGAGCCCUGGGCAUCCUGCAAGAUGCUUUGGGAGCGCCGUUCGCAGACGAGCCCCAACCGAAUGCCCCGCAACUAUCGGGUCUGCUCGCCGAGCGAUUAGUGGAUGCGGGCGACGUCGUAGUCUUGGAGAUCGGCGGCGUGGAGAGCGUGCGCGGCGAGAUCGAUCGGGAAGGGAGAGUGGUGUAUGGCGGUAGCGCUUUCCGCACCGUCGAGGGCUUCGUCGACAAAGCGCGACAAGAUAGGGGAGCGAGACGAGAGAGAAGACCGGACCCCCAGAAGGCCUGGGCCUGUGUGGUCCACGCGCGGACGGGCAAGAGAUUGCACGCUUUGCUAAAUGAGCCCUCGAAGCGCAAGCGGCCCCCACAGUCCGUUUCAGGAAGACCGCCUAGGGUCCGAGGCAAGAUGACGGCGAACUACUCGGGAUAUACCUACUGCGGCAACAGCUGGUGGACGCGCGACGACCUGAUGGCCGACCGGUCCGUGCGGCAGCGGAAAAGACCGGCGACCGACGAGGCGCCUAGACCUAGGAGGCGCAAGCCCACGCCCAAAGUACAGCAACCAUUACCGCCGCCUGCAUCACCAGUAGUGGACGAAAGCACCCCUCUUGCGGACUACUGGCUCGAGAACACCGAGGAGGACCCGACGGCGGCGCCCGCGCCAGCGGGCGACGCGCCGGCGCCGGCGCCGACGGCCGCGCGGGGCGAACCCAAAAGAGUGUGGGACGAGGGCUACUUCACGGACGCGGGCUACUGGGACGGGCCGUUUACUGAUGAGCUCACGGCCUCAGGAUUAGAUGUGCAGGACGCCGCGCCGCGGUCGCGCCGACGACCUUCCAAUAGGAGAGACGCGUCAUUGAGAGUGGCCCAGCUCAUGGAGGGGUUGAACGCGCACCAGUUCGACCCCCACGCGUUAGUUGCUUGUGAAGCUUAUGGGGAGAAAGUUGAAGGGGCAGAAGCGGUGGAAGAAGAGGAAAAGCAGCCCUUGUCGUUACGAGUGCACCCCGACGUGGCAUUCUUGUGCGACUUGCACGCGCAUCUGUGCGAUGCGGAGAUUAUUGGGUUGCUUGGGGGGCGCUGGGACCCGGAAACGCGGGAGAUGCACGUGCAGGCGCCGUUCCCUUGUAGGGCCGUGCCGCGCGAUGAUGACGGUGCGACCGAUGUCGAGAUGGAUCCGGUCUCAGAAUUGCAAGUCCGAGAAGUGAUCCGAGGAAGGGACCUCGAUGUUGUGGGAUGGUACCACAGCCAUCCUAGAUUCAUGGCCGAGCCUUCAGUAACGGACAUCGAGAACCAAAGGCAGUACCAGACGCUCUUCGAGGACGACGCGAAGGACGGCCCGGCGCCCUUUGUGGGGUUAAUUGUCGGCACGUACGACCAGGCCGCGACCGGUCCCCGAAGUGUUUUUAGAUAUUUCCACGUCGCGCCGCCGCCCGACGACGUGCGGGCGGGCGACGCCGUCCUGCCCAUGGCUCUCCGAGCGCAAGUCCGGUCCUACAAGCGCGGCGUCACGGACGACGUAAGAGCGAAGCGGCGCGAGGGCUUCAAGGAGCCGCCGCCCAAGCCGCCGGGCCAAGACAAGCCCUUCGCGUUCCUGAAGGCGGGCCACUUAUUAGGAUGCGCCUGCUGCCCGCCGGGGGCCAAGCCCGCUCCAGUAACUGCGCAGGCGUGCGCGCCGGCGCCCGCGGCCUGCGCGCCCUUCCCGCCGCCCGCGGCCGCGCCGGCCGCUCCGGAACCGGCGGCCGCGGCGCCGGCGGCCGCGCCGGCCCCGGCGGAGCCGGCGGCCCCCGCGCCGGCCGCGCCGGCGCCGGCGCCCGCCGCGCCGCCUUCCAUGACAUCGCUGCUCCCGCCCGCGCCGCCGCCCGCGCCGGCGGCGCCCGCGCCCGCGCCGCCGCCGGCCCCGGCCCCGGCGCCCCAGACGGCGACGCUGACGCUCAAGCUCGGCGGCGCGACGGCGAACGCCGCGACGAUCGGGGACAUGGCCGCGGCGCCGCCGCCGCCCGCGCCCGCGCCGGCGCCCAAGCCGGCGCCGCCCAAGCCGAAGCGCCGCCCCGUCUACGCGCCGGUCUACUACCAGCCGCGCGCGCCCAAGCAACGCGACCGCAGCAUCGUGGGCCCGUCGCUCGGCCCGCGCGACGCGCGGGGCUGCUUCCCGUGCCCGGCCGGCUGUCCACGGACCUUCGCCCACGCGCCCGCGGCCGUGCAGCACGGCAAGUCCUGCCAAAACGGGACCCGGCCGCCCGGAAGCGCUCCACCACAGAAGCGGCCCGCGGCGCCGCGCGUCCCGCGCGCGCCGCGCGCUCCACAACCGCCGCGCGAGCGCCAGUUCGCCUGCGAGCGCGACAAGUGCGUGGCGCUCAUCUGCGAGGCCGCGCGGGACAAGCUCGACCCCGCGCUGCGCGCGCGGCCCGACGACGGUUCUGGUAGAAGGACCAAGGCCGCCUGGGAGGCGUUGCUGGCGAAGUACGACCCGACGCCGCUGGCGAGCUGCGUGCACACGCUGGGGCAGCUCGCGCGCUACUACUCGACGCACGCGCGGCGCGUGGACUUGCUCGAGGGCUGGCGCCAGGGCCUCACGAAGUGGGAGAAGAUGAUGAACUCCAUGGCCGUCUGGGUGCUCAAGAUGAUCGUCGAGGAGGGCGACCGGGCGGACUUCCUCGCGGACGUCAUCGGCUACAUCUUGAUUUGUUGGUGCGACUCGGCGGCGCCGCGGCGGCGGCGCGGGCGCUAG